GCGGCGCUAAGAGGAGGCCCCGGCUCGGCGCGUGCCGGCGGCGGCAGAAGAUGGCCGCCUUCAAACGGAGCCGAGCGCAAGCCUGGCCGGAGGAACGGGGCGACCGGGAGCAUGGGCUGUACAGCUUGCACCGCAUGUUCGACAUCGUGGGCACCCACCUGACCCACCGGGACGUGCGGGUGCUCUCCUUCCUCUUCGUGGACGUGAUCGACGAUUACGAGAGGGGGAUGAUCCGCAGCGGCCGGGACUUCUUGCUGGCGCUGGAGCGGCAGGGCCGCUGCGACGAGACCAACUUCCGACAAGUGCUGCAGUUGCUGCGGAUCAUCACUCGCCACGACCUGCUGCCCUACGUCACCCUCAAGAGGCGACGGGCCGUGUGUCCGGACCUGGUGGACAAGUACCUGGAGGAGACGUCCAUUCGCUACGUGACGCCCCGAGCUCACAGCGAGGCGGAGCACGGCCUGGGUCACCCCCAUAAAUCAGUGCCUCCCCACCACCCCGUGGUCUGCUGCUCCUCCGCGGGACCCCAGAUCUGUACCAAGAGGCCCGGCCGCGGCAGGACCCUCCUCAGCAGCCAGCGCAAGAGGAGGAAGUCGGCGACGCCGGACCCUAAGGAGAAGCAGACCUGUGGUAAGAGCCCCUGGGGGGGGCUCGGGAGGGGGUUUUGGGGGUUCCCGGCCCCACACAUCCGCCUGCGAGUCCGAGCCGAGUACUGCCAGCACGAGACGGCGCUUCAAGGCAACGUCUUCUCCAACAAGCAGGACCCCUUGGAGCGUCAGUUCGAGCGCUUCAACCAGGCCAACACCAUCCUGAAGUCCCGGGACCUGGGCUCCAUCAUCUGUGACAUAAAAUUCUCAGAGCUCACCUACCUCGACGCGUUCUGGCGCGAUUACAUCAACGGCUCUUUGCUGGAAGCCCUCAAGGGCGUCUUCAUCACGGACUCGCUCAAACAAGCCGUGGGCCACGAAGCCAUCAAACUGCUGGUCAAUGUGGACGAGGAGGAUUACGAGGUCGGGCGCCAGAAACUCCUGAGGAACUUGAUGCUGCAGACGGCUCCCUGACGCCCGAUGGCUGCUCGGUGGGACCCAAGCUUUUUUCCUUCUCCUUUUUUUUUUUUUUUCUUUUUUUUUUUUUUCUUUUCUAAAAGAAAAGGAAAAGAUGAUUGAAACCCCCGCCCGGUGCUGUGCAACUCUGGGUUCGGAGCCGGGCUGGAGCCGCGGGGAGCGCCGGAGGCUUACGUGUUUCCUCACCCCUUUCCUGUCCUGUCACCUCCUCUCUCGCUUUGUUUUCCUUUUUUCUCUUUUAUUUUGUAUCCAUUAAAAACAAACAAACAAAGGCAAAAAUCCUGCCUGGGGCGCGUCAGUGACGGGGCUGGGCGAGCCGG